CUACCAACCAUCCCCAAAACCCCACGAGGAAUCCCGUAAAUUCGUCCUGUUUCCCCGCAGAUCGCACCAUCCGCGCGCAUUUCCGUCCAAUUCGACCCGGUUACUUGGCUUCUUUGAUUGGGGAGGGGAGAUGGGGGAGGGGGUGAAGGAGAUGCUGGCUCCGCCGAUCCAGCUGGCCGACGAGGUCGCCAAGCAGUGUGCUGCCGCGCGGAGCUUCCGUGCCGAGUGCGCAGAACUUAAGGCCCGCGCGGACAAGCUGGCGGCGCUGCUGCGGCAGGCGGCGCGGGCGCAGGAACUCUACGACCGCCCCGCCGCCCGCAUCUUGGCCGGCGCCACCCAGGCACUGUCCAGAGCCUCCACCCUCGCCACGCGGUGCGCUCGGGGGCACCCGCGCCUGCGCAGCCUCUUCACGCUCAGCCCCGCCGCCGGGUUCCCCCGGGCCGUGGCGGCGCUCGACACGGCGCUCGAGGACGUCGCUUGGCUGCUCCGCAUCUCCUCGCCUGGCGCCACCGGCGACGGGGACGACGACUCGCUCCUGGGCCUCCCCAACAUCGCUCAGAACGAGCCCAUCCUCUUCUUCAUCUGGGACCAUGUCGCGCGCCUGCACACAGGCUCCCCUGCCGCCCGCGCUGACUCCGCCGCCAAUCUUGCCUCGCUCGCCCGCGGCAGCCAGCACUUCGCCAAGCUCAUUAUCGAGGAGGAUGGCGUGCCGCCGCUGCUCAAACUUCUCAAGGACGGCACCGACGAGGGCCAGGAGGCCGCGGCACGCGCCCUGGGCCUCCUGGGCUGUGACGGCGAGAGCGUGGACAAGCUCGUGCAGGCCGGGGUUUGCUCCUCCUUUACCGCCGCACUCAAGGAGCUGCCCAUGCGCGUGCAGGUAGCAGUGGCUGAGGCGAUCGCUUCCUUGGCUGACCAGAGCUCCACCUGCCAGGACCUUUUCGCGCAGAACAAUGCCGUUCGGUACCUUGUCGGGCACCUUGCUUCUGGGACUAUCCAGGAGCACAGCAGGUACUCCGUCAGCUCCAGCAGCUACAAGAGCAGCGCAGCCACUGCUGCCACGACACAGCAGCCCAUGAAGUUUCUCCACUCUGUGGUGCUUGCCAAGACGCUCAGCAUGCGCCACAGCAGUGACCGUGACACCACCAGCAGUGGCGCUGAUGAGCUGCCAAGGAUGUCCAAUGGUACACCAGGAGAAAGGAACCCCCAAAUGCAAUCGGUGGUACACUCGGCUAUGGCUGCCAAGACAAACACAAAUGGCUUAUUGGUUCCGUUGUUCAGGCCUCAGCUGGGCACCAGUGGCCGUGGUGCUCGAGAGGUCGAGGAUCCCGAAACCAAGGCACAUUUGAAGGCUAUGGCGGCAAAAGCUUUGUGGAAGCUUGCUCAUAACCAUUUGGGUGUGUGCAAGAGCAUUACAGAGUCACGUGCGCUACUGUGCUUUGCUGUGCUCCUUGAAAAGGGUGAUGGCGAUAUGGGCACUAACGUGCAGUACUUCUCAGCAAUGGCCAUCAUGGAGAUUGCCCGUGUCGCUGAACACAGCCUCGUGCUGCGCCAAUCAGCAUUCAAACCCAGUUCCCCAGCAGCCAAGGCUGUUGUUGAUCAGCUGCUUCGUGUUGUCCGCAGGGGUGAAUACGAUGCAUUGCUUCUCCCAUGCAUCACUGCCCUUGGCUGCCUUGCCCGUACCUUCACAGCAAGUGAGACCAGGAUAGUGCCUCCUCUUGUGCAGCUUCUCGAUGAGCGUGAGCCUCCAGUCAUUAAGGAGGCUGUUGUUGCGCUCACAAAGUUUGCAUGCACUGAGAACCACCUACAUGUGAAUCACUGCAAGGCCAUUGUUGAUGAUGGUGGUGCGCGGCACCUUGUCCAGCUUGUCUACCUGGGUGAUGAGGUGCAAAUUGAGGCGCUCAUACUACUCUGUUACAUUGCAUUGUAUGUGCCUGAGAGCGAGGAACUCGCACAAGCUGGUGUGCUGGCUGUGCUGCUUUGGGCAUCAAAGCAGGCUCACAUGGUUCAAGACAUGCGUGUUGAGGCACUGCUUCCAGAUGCCAAAGGAAGACUUGAGCUGUUCCAGUCUAGGGCCUCCAGGUGAUGUUGGAGAUCGGAUCAUUGGGCAUCGAUCCUUAAGAAGUGCAACUUUUUUAUGUGGAUGGAUGAGUACAUCGAAUGGUUGCGCUUGAGUGGUAUGACUAAACAGACAUGGUCCAGUUUUGAGCAAGAACAAGGUGCUACGCAAUUGAUGGUGAAUAAUUGUGGAGCAGAGUUAUGUGGUGCAGAUAAAGGAGAUGUGUCUGUGAAGUUGGACAUUCUAGCAAUUGAAUUGAUGAAGAUAAAUGGCAACCUCAACAAAAUUAUUUACAUUUUAGUCAUUUGUGCUUUUAUGAUAUUUGUUGUUUUACUUUUUAUUAUGAACCAAGGUGGUAAGCACUAGAAAUUUGUAAGCUCUAUGCACUAUGGAUGAACUAUGGAUGAAGUAAGUUGUAAGCACUAUGGAUGAACUAUGACAUCAAAUAGCUAACUAAUGAAGAAUCCAAUAAUAUUUAUUUAGGU